UGUUUAUCAUGCUUCCCGACUUUAUGUUACAUUGAGGAGUGAGAAUCUAGUUAAAAGUACAGCUAGGAAUUCACCUGGGACUUUAUGGACAAAGCUGUCUUGUCUUAGAGUGAAGUUACACGUGUCUAGUUUUAUUUUGGAAGAUAGUUUAGUUUUGUUUAAUCUGGCAUAGGCAUAAAACUGUUAAGAGCUUUUAAAAUUCUUACUGUUCUUUUCAGAAGUUUAGAAUAAUGUGUUUCAAAGUAGAAGUAACAUUUUUAGAGGUUAUUUUUGGCCUUGUUUUUAAGCUUAAUUGGAAAAUUGAGGGCGAGAACUUGGAGGAAGUGUCCUGAACUCUUCGUGUAUAGAUGAAAAUCCUAACUCUUUAGCCAGUUAGAUUGUGCGUGUCUUAGGAAUAGAUCCCUGUAGUGUCCAUAGCAUCUGUGCCCAAUAUAGACACUGAUAUAUUGAAAUACGAAAGUGAAAAAGAAGUUGCUAGCUAAUUACACGCAUGCUUUUUGUGACAUUACCCGUUAAGUCUGAAUAUAUUUAAAGAUUUUAGAUUGAGAACAAUUUGAUGUAAUCAGUGCAUAGCUAAUGAUAUUUAUAAUGUAUGAUGUCUUGUGUACAUUUUAUGGUAAAAUAUGAAAUAGUACUUUCCCUAAAAUGCGUACUUGCAAGGAUAUCAGUAAACUGAAAUACAUUGUUGGAAUUAACUUAUUUUUCUGGGGCUUUCUCAAUGUAGGGAAAGUAAAUUAAAACUCUGAAAUUACGGACUUUCUACUUUUACAACCUUUUCUUUAUUGCCUGCAUUUAAACAACUUACCACUUACCUUGACAAAAGCAAAUCUUUGUUACGUUAAUCUGACAUUAAAUUUAAAAAACAAACAGGUUGAUGACCACAGAAAGACCACAUAAACCACAGGCACCAAGUAUGCAGCAGUGAACCAGCCAGAUAAGAUUCCUGCCAGGAAACAAGUGUGGCGGCCUAAAAGUCUGAUCAUUCAGAAAUGUAGCAACAAAAGUUAAAUUAAUGGGUUGAUUCUUCACCACACUGAAACCAUUAGGAAAAAUCCUUGUGGUUAACAGCAGAGGCUUCAGAGUGUAACCUGUACUCGGGCCUAGAAAUUAUUUUAAAUGGCGACUGAUACGUCUCAAGGUGAACUCGUCCAUCCUAAGGCACUCCCACUUAUAGUAGGAGCUCAGCUGAUCCACGCGGACAAGUUAGGUGAGAAGGUAGAAGAUAACACCAUGCCGAUUCGUCGAGCUGUGAAUUCUACCCGGGAAACUCCUCCCAAGAGCAAGCUCGCUGAAGGGGAGGAAGAAAAACCAGAACCAGACAUAAGUUCAGAGGAAUCUGUCUCCACUGUAGAAGAACAAGAGAAUGAAACUCCACCUGCUACAUCUAGUGAGACAGAGCAGCCAAAGGGGCAACCUGAGAAUGAAGAGAAGGAAGAAAACAAGCCUUCUGAGGAAACCAAAAAGGAUGAGAAAGAUCAGUCUAAAGAAAAGGAGAAGAAAGUGAAAAAAACAAUACCUUCCUGGGCUACCCUUUCUGCCAGCCAGCUAGCCAGGGCCCAGAAACAAACACCGAUGGCUUCCUCCCCACGUCCCAAGAUGGAUGCAAUCCUAACUGAGGCCAUUAAGGCAUGCUUCCAGAAGAGUGGUGCAUCCGUGGUUGCUAUUCGAAAAUAUAUCAUCCAUAAGUACCCUUCUCUGGAGCUGGAGAGAAGGGGCUACCUCCUUAAACAAGCACUGAAAAGAGAAUUAAAUAGAGGUGUUAUCAAACAGGUAAAAGGAAAAGGUGCUUCUGGGAGUUUUAUUGUGGUCCAGAAAUCAAGAAAAACACCUCAGAAGUCCAGAAACAGAAAGAACAGGAGCUCUGCAGUGGAUCCAGAACCACAAGUAAAAUUGGAGGAUAUCCUCCCACUGGCCUUUACUCGCCUUUGUGAACCUAAAGAAGCUUCCUACAGUCUCAUCAGGAAAUACGUGUCUCAGUAUUACCCUAAACUUAGAGUGGACAUCAGGCCUCAGCUGUUGAAGAAUGCUCUACAGAGAGCAGUAGAAAGAGGCCAGUUAGAACAAAUAACUGGCAAAGGUGCUUCUGGGACAUUCCAGCUGAAGAAAUCAGGGGAGAAACCCCUGCUUGGUGGAAGCCUGAUGGAAUAUGCAAUCUUGUCUGCAAUUGCUGCCAUGAAUGAGCCGAAGACCUGCUCCACCACUGCUCUGAAGAAGUAUGUCCUGGAGAACCACCCAGGGACCAAUUCUAACUAUCAAAUGCAUUUGCUGAAGAAAACCCUACAGAGAUGCGAAAAGAAUGGGUGGAUGGAACAGAUUUCUGGUAAAGGAUUCAGUGGCACCUUCCAGCUCUGUUUUCCCUAUUACCCCAGCCCAGGAGUUCUAUUUCCAAAGAAAGAGCCAGAUGAUUCUAAAGAUGAGGAUGAAGAUGAGGAUGAGUCAUCAGAGGAGGACUCUGAGGAUGAAGAGCCACCACCUAAGAGAAGGUUGCAGAAGAAAACCCCAGCCAAGUCGCCAGGGAAGGCUGCAUCCAUGAAGCAGAGAGGGUCCAAGCCUGCACCUAAAGUCCCAGCUGCCCAGCGAGGGAAAGCUAGGCCCCUGCCCAAGAAAGCCCCUCCUAAGGCCAAAACUCCUGCCAAGAAAGCCAGACCCUCACCCCCAGUCAUCAAAAAACCUAGUGGUAGCUCUUCAAAGAAGCCUGCGACCAGUGUGAGAAAGGAAGUGAAACUGCCUGGCAAGGGCAAAUCCACCAUGAAGAAAUCUUUCAAAGCAAAAAAGUAAAUUUUAUAGGAAAAAAGGGUAUCAUGAUGAAAUUCAAAAUCUUAUUUUCUAAGGUCAGUGUGCAUUUGUUUUAGUUUGAUGCUUUUAAAAUUACAUUUUUUUCCUCUCCUAUGAACAUUAUGGGGAGGGAAUAUAAAUAAACCAGUUUAGCCAUUUGUUAGCUUUAGGUGCUCUUCUUGGUGCCUGCCCCUCCCCCUGCAACCCUCCCUCCCAGUCAUUUUAAUUUCUGCGAUAAUUCUGGACUUCCCUGAACUGUAUAAUCUAUACUUGUCCUUUUUUCUCCCCCCACCCCAACCCUCUUUCUUUUUUUAUGGUCAGCUUUGGCUUUUUUUUUUUUUCCCCUUUCUGGUUUUAUCUAAACAGUUGCAAAGAUUUUUAUAUUUGUUAGAAAGCAUCAAGAAUGGGAUGCUAGUCAGGUGCUGGCAGUAAAAAGGAGGCAGUACAGCACUGACUGACUCAUAAAGCCUCCUGCCUGGAGACUUCAGUUAUAGCUCUAAUAACUCAUCUUAUUUAUAAAACCACUCCACUAGCCCCUUCUCUCCAGCUAUAAACACAGAGAUGUCUUAGCUUUGGGAAUAGGCCAAAAACAUGAUCUCAUUCAAUUCUGAAGAUGCACGGCUCCUUUGGGCCCCUUUUCACGUUGAGCAAUUUCUAGGUAUUUUUCAUUGGCCCCUGGGCAUUGCAUCCCUCAAUAGCAAGCACAAGAUCUCUCCACCACCUGUUAUUUGACUGAAGGGGAAAUAGAGGAACACACUGAAUUUGUGAUUUCUGGUGUUACCUGUGUUACCAAAAAUCAGAACAUAAAAUCUUCUUGAUCAGAUGUUUAAAUAUAUUUUUUAAUAUUUGGAGCAUGAGUUGUCACUUCCUCUUUGCCUUUUUUAUAAGGAAAUGUUGGAGAGUUACACCAUUGCUAAUGUAGAAAUGUUAAGUGGAAAAACAUACAAUUUGCUAAAAUAAACUGUGGGUUUUUUCCCCUUCUUUCUUUCCAUAGCACUUUUGAUAACAAGCAAGUGGCUUCCUUUUUGAGUUAUUUAAAAAGAGAAAAGAAAAAACAAAUGAAGCCCGACUACCUAACCCUUUCUUAUUUGUAUUUGUUUUAGUAUUGUGAAGUUGUGUUUAAUAGCACUAGCUUUCUAAGAAAUACUGAUUUCUGGUUAUCAUUUAUCUUCCCUGUGGCACUUGACAUUUUAAUUGUCUUAAACUUUUUGGUGUACAUCUUCUGGCCCCUUGAGUGCUGCCAGAGGCAAAGGAUGUUUGUUUAAUUCAUUCCAUUUGCAUUGUCUCCUGGGAUCCCAUUUGCAGCCUAAAGUGUGGCUGGGAAUUGGACUUGAGAAGAUUGGCUUGAAUUAGAUCCAUAAUCAUGUGUGAUCCCAUCAUGAGUUUAUUGGAAUUUGUGUUGCAUGUAAGGCAAUCUUUCCUGUUGUAAAUCUUCCUUUUUUUAUGUACAUAUAUUUUGAAAAAUAUGAAUAAACAUGAAAUUUUAAAA